GCCGCUUCAGGUACCAGCGGCCAGCUUCAACACGUUACAUCCCAUAAUUUUUAUCGACGUCGCGUCGAGAGAGAAAAAACAAUCCAGAAGCUUACUUCUACUAUAGAGACUCUUUCCACCGUCUAGACUUUUCAGAUCAGCCGCCAUCUGGUCAAUUAUAUCGAUCCAUUAUUAAGAAUACCCCGAAAUAAAGAACAGGAAAUAAAUAAUUCACAAAAAAUGGUCGCCGGUCUCGACAGCCAGCGGCUGGAGGCCAUCUUCCAAUCGCGGCCCGACAUCUUGCAGGGCAUUCAAAAGGCAGCCAACACACCCGAUCGAGUCGCAUUGUUCAACAACAUCGCGAGCUUCGUUCACGAGCAGAUCAACGGACCCGAGCCGGCAUCAAAACGCAGACGGACAGACGAAGGCCCUACGAGUGGCUUCAAGGCGUCCAAUACAAAUGGUGCGGCUGCGAGACCUGCACCGAAAACCACAGGAACCGGAAAUGCUGCCGAUGAAGAGGUUCUACUCGAGAUCAAGGAAAUUUCCGUCUCCGUGCCCCAGCGCAAGAAGUACGAGCUCUGCUUCACAGCGAACUUCUUAUACGCGCGGCUACCGAAUACCACUACACCUGUCGAGGGCAUCAUCUACGCAUGGGAUGAUAUUGAAUACCUCUUCUACCUGCCCGUGCCCGAGAAGACCCAGGUGCAGCACAACUACGUUCUCUUCCCCCGUGGAACAUGUCUCCCGACGAAAACCUCACCGGAGAAGGAAGCUCUAGUAUUCACAGUCCCCGCUACAGCGCCCAAGGCAGGCACCAUCGGCGGCCCGAAAGCGAACGCGGCAUCAGCAGUCUCCGACACAUACCGCGGCCUCUUUGAUUGGGCGUUGACGAUACAUCUCAGCUCCGCCGGCAACCCUGCUGAAAUCGUCGCAGCCGAUCCCAAUAUCUUCCACAGUCUCGUCCGCCAGCCGCACAGACCGAGCGAGAAGGCGGUGCACGUCAAGGCCUUCCGCGGCUCCAAGGACGGAUACCUCUUCUUCCUUCCCAAUGGCAUUCUCUACGGUUUCAAAAAGCCUCUAGUCUUUCUGCCCAUCGAUCGCAUUGUGGCCAUGAGCUAUACGAGCGUUCUGCAGCGCACAUUUAACAUUGUGGUGGAGGUGUUUACCGAGGGCGAUGCUACUGAGGAGAUUGAGUUCGGCAUGUUGGACCAGGAAGACUACGGUGGCAUUGACGAGUCUUAUGUUAAGCGUCACGGACUGCAGGAUCGCAGCAUGGCAGAACAGAGAAAGGCGAAGAUGGAGCUUACUGAGAACCUCAAGAAGAAGAGCGCGGACGCCGACGCAGGUGCAAAUGGAGAGGCGGAUGCCAACGGCAUGACGGAGCUCGAAAAGGCCCAUCUCGAGGCUGAGCAGGCGCUCCAGGAAGACGAGGACGAGGACGAAGAGGAUUACGACCCUGGUAGUGAAGGGGAGAGCGAGGGCUCUGGCUCUAGUGACGAUGACGACGACGAUGAGGAUGACGACGACGAUGAAGAUGACGAUGCUGGGGAAGAAGGCGAAGAUGGUGACGAGGAGAUGGGCGAGGGCGAGGGUGAAGGCGAGGAAGAGACAUGAGAUGCUAGGAAGAAUGUUCGAUCAAGGUGAAGCUUGAGCAGAGACAUUGGCUGUUGCAGGCUCUCUCUGUUGCCGCCCAUGUUCAUGAUAGAAGUGUACGAUAGAGACGUCGUUCGUGGAAUCGUCUCCAGAGCAGAGGCGCCUUCAUGCUGGAUACCCGAGGGUUCAAGGUGAACCCAGGUGCAAAACAACAAUGGUAGAAUCCGCAUCAGCCUCAUAGCCAUUGCAAUUUCAUGGGAUCGCCAUCUGUGUUUCGUGGCGAUAUACUUCAGAGAAUCUCUGUUUCUCACUCACUGCUUCCAUGAAGAAAGGAACGCCAAGGGCCUGUAGGACCAAGUCCUCCCCAAAGGCACGCUUCAGAGUACUUUUCCUCCAUCAGCCACCAGAAUUACUGGCUUACGUUCUUAUGAUGUGUCAC